GAGCAUUAGAACAGAACAGUGUGGGACUUAUAACCUACAGAUGAUCAGCAGCACUCACACCAUACAGAAGAGAUUCAAUAUUACUAUUUUUGAUGCAGUGAAGUCAGUAUCAGUGAUGGAGGGAGAUUCAGUCACUCUAGAAUCUGAUAUUACUAAAAUAUAUGAUGAGAUACAGUUUGAAUAUGACGACUCCAUUAUAGCGAAAAUCAGUAGAGCUGCCCAAAACUUCUCUACAUCUGAUGUUCCUGAUGAGAGAUUCAGAGAAAGACUGAAGCUGGACGAUCAAACUGGAUCUCUGACCAUCACAAACAUCACAACUCAACACACUGGAGUCUAUCAUCUACACAUCUUCAACAGCAGACACACUGUACACAAGAGUUUCGUUGUUAAUGUCUGCAACACUGGUGUUACUGAUAUACAGAAGUAUGGUCAGCUGCUGUGGAAGUUUGGAGGUAAUGAUACUCUCGUAUCUAAAAUCAAUGGAACACAUCCGGUCUUUUCUACACAUGAGAGAUUCAAAGACAGAAUCCUUUAUCAUGAAAAUGGAUCUCUCACCAUCAAAGGUACUAGAUUUGAACAUGCUGGGUCUUAUCGCAUAGUAAUGAGCAGCAGCAGGAACACCUUACUUAAGAGAUUCAGUGUUCUUGUCACUGCUUCUACAGUAUCAGACCUUGAACACCCAGGCUCUAUAGCAGCAAUGGUUUUUGGUAGUGUUCUGAUUCUAACUUUUGGUUGCAUCAUCUAUUGCAAAAUCUCUAAAAGGGGCAAGUAUCAUCUACAGAUACUAUAGCAAAAGGUAAACACCUUUAUUUUUUACAAAAGUAGCAUUUAAUUGUGUGUGUAAUUAUUUCUCAGUGCAGAAUGGAAUAGAAUCCAACAAAGGGCUGUCCAGCAAUGAGGAAAAAUACAGAAGUCACAUGAUCUGAGGGGAUCCCAGCAAGAUCACUUUGCAGCUAUUAUAACAUAAUUUAUAUUUGAAGUAAAUUAACAAACCUUGCCAUCUUCAUAUACCUCAGAACAAAACAUUUGUUUGUCAGUUGUCAAAACUUUAGGUUUUAACUCAGGGGGUAUUCCAGAAAGUAAGUUAUGUGACAAACAUCAGAAAAGUUUUCUCAGAGUAAACAGAUAACCUCAACUUUCAGUUCCAAAAACUGAGGUACUUUUUUUUGUACAAACAGAUCUGUA